AUGAAAACUGAAAUUCAGAAACUUCUAACGUUACAGAAGUUCUUUAAAAAUGUACAAACUUGUAGAAAUAGAAUAAUAGUAGAUCUAGAAAAACCGAGUAAAAUACUAGUCCAAAAUAUUCACCAUAGUUGGCUGAGAUCAAUUAAUGGGAAGACAACCCAUCAUUUUCCUGUAUAUUUAGAUAAGACUAUUGCUGACAAAUAUACUAAAACUUACUAUGGUAUUAUUAAUCAACACUCAUGUGAUGUAAACCAAAUAGUUUAUGAAGAAAAAGAGAAUGAAUAUGACGUACUCAAUAAAGUUCAACUUAAAUUUGACCUCAUGAUCCCUCAAUCUGAUGUUAUGCAAUAUUUCAUACAGUGGCAAAGAUAUAGAAAAUAUUGGUGGAGUUCUGUGACUACCACUCCCAGCCUGUUUUCCAUAAAUGACAUGAAGCAUGGUGUAGGAAGAUCGGUAGUCAAUAUAAUAGCUAACUUUAAAUGGGGUCAACAGGUUGUAGAAUCUAUUAGUGUAAAUUCUAAUGGAUCAGAUGUAUCACCAGAAAGUAUGGUUAAAAAUACUUCCUGUCUCACUUGUACGAUGGGAUUAGAAACAGCAUUUGUAACUAUCCUCUUGGAUGGACUUUCAAACGCUACCAAGGAAGAAUAUCUUAGACUUCACAACAAAAUGGCGCCUUAUAAAAUAUCAUUUGCAUUAGAUAGCCAAGAACCUAAAGUGUUAAAUACACUUAAAGAGUUGGCUCAACUCCUCUUCCAUAAACUAAAAUCAAAGGAAUUAUCAGCUUGGCUGCCUAGUUUUACACUGCCAAUACAAGCACAGGUAAAAGAAAAUCUACAUUUGGGCGUAACAUAUACAGCAAUUUUGAAUGAGAAUACGCUAUCAAAUGGAAUCUUUCACUUAUUAAAUAGCAGUACUAUGCUAAAAGAACAAGUACAUGUGGCUGAUUUCGAUAGUUAUGCAGCAUUACUAUGUAAAAAAUAAAAUAUCAAUUUUCAUAUAAUUUGUAUUAAGUAAAUGUCCAUUUUUAUAUAAUUAAACAUUUGACAGUCAAGAUGAAAACAACCAAUUAGUUCACUUUAAAAUUUUAAUUCUUAUUGCAAGAAAUUACAUUAGAAUCUUAUAGGCUAUAUUUAAAGGAAAUUAAAUGUUUGAUCUACAUUACAAUAUUGCGUAAUCAAUUAAACCAAAUGUAGAAUAAAAAAAAAACCUCAUAAUUCAUA